AGAGAAACGUACUUUUCGAUUCUCAUUAAUUCAUCAAAAUUUGAUUUCAGUCAUUUGGACCAUUCUAGAGUUUAAAUCGAAAAUUCUGAAUACAAAUCACAAUAAACUUGAAAAUUCACAAAUGGUUUAUCUAAAUGGAGUGAAAAUGGUAUAGUAAAUUCGCCCCCUUAGUUUGGUCCGCUUGGGACAAACUAAUUAAAAUCUAAGUGGCUUUAACAAGGAUCAAUUAGAGUGAAUGGAACAUCAAUUAUAACAAUUAAAUAUUAUAAAUAUGCACCAUCAAACUGAACUUUUUCUGACUCAUCUAUUCUAACAAAAGCGGUAGAGAAAAUGAUGACGUCUAAACUGUUGAAAUAGCGAAGAAAAAACAACCAACCUAAUUUUAUUUAGAAUUUAUUUAUGUGCCUUCAUAUACUGACUUCAAGUGUAGACAAGGAGCGUCGCAUUCUUCAGAUUUGAGCGGCAUUAUAUAAUUUUUAUUCCGAUUUGAAAAGAAAUCAAUUUUUGCAAGAGGUCCGAACCGUCAAAAUUCAAGCGUUCGAAAUGCUGGAACUGAACCAAAACCCAGCGUCUAGCACGGCGGGCGGGAUGCUAAGCCUGUUAACCAGCAUGGAUCAGCACAGCAAAUUGGUGUUGAAUCCUCCCCUCGCUGCCCUCCACACUAUGACGGACAUGAAAGCCCGCUAUGGGCCCCCAAAAUCCCUCUCACCACAUUCCCCACCCCAGUUAUCCCCACAGGGACUGUCUUCCCCACACGAAUCCCACCAUUUAUCGCCGGCCUCGUAUCCUAAUCCCACUCCUCCCCCGGUCUCGUCAAUCUACAGCUCCUACUCGACCCCCACAUCCCCAAACAGCUGCAUCGCCACGACACUCGCUAAUCCCCACGGUAUCGAGAACAUCCUCAGCCGACCCAGCCCAUUCAUCACCACGUCCACUGGGGGGCUCUCCAUGGGUGCCAUGGGUGGACUAGGUCGGCUUGGUGGCCCCAUGGGGACUUUGUAUGGGGGUUUGGCCGGCAAAAUGGCAGAGCUUGCGAGGCCUUCGUCGGUUUACUGGCCGGGGGUCCAAGGAAUGCUUCAGAACCCCCUCUUCUGGCGCGAGCGUCUCCAGGCCAGCCAUG